CCGCAGUUGCCCCACAGCGACCGCCUCAGCGACCGGACGCAGAGGGCAGCACCCCAAACUACGCGCCCGCUUUCCAACAGGGUAGACACGGCCGAGAUGCGCAUCUGAGCAGCGCCGCAUAGCCGCCACCCGCGCCGAGCGCAGUAUCCGCCCUUUGGCCUCAGCGCGCCCCUCCAGCCUCGCGGGCACAGCGCCCCACGACGACGACUCCCUCAGCCGCCAUGCCUGCGCUGGUCGUCAACACCGAUCUGCGGCCGGCCUCGAGCAGCGACGCCUCGUCGACCCCCGGGGAGAAGCGCUCAGAGUCGCCCACCUCCGACCGCCCGCCCGUUUCGCCCAUCACCCCCACCGCUACCGUCGCCCAGUUCGCUCCCAUUGCGCGCUCCGACUUCCGGCCCCGCAACGAACCCCCACCACGACCGGCACCCGCUCCUGCGACCUUCAGACAGCAGCCGCCCUCGGUGCCCGUCUCAGAGAGCGAGAACCCUGAUGCCAUAGCGCUGCGCUCCGCGAUAUCUCUGCUGCAGAUACAGCGCGAGAAGAGCAGGCGCGACCUCAAGGCGCUGGAGGAGCUCAAGCAUGCUGCAGUCCAGGACCCCGAAGCAUUUGUGCGCUCGCUGCAAGAACAGCGGGCGAAGGCAGCAGUCGCACACAACGACGUCCUUGCGCCGACGCUUGCUGGUCUCACAGACGCAGCCACGAGCAAUGCCGACCAAGGAGGAGCCGGGCGCAAAGACUCUGUCAAUACAGAUCACAAGGCAGCGCCCAGGUUCCCCGCGAUGCCUCAACCGCAGAACAUAGUCCGAUGCCCGCCUAUCGAGUGGGCGAAAUACCACAUCGUAGGAGAGCCGCUCAGUAAGAUGCACGAAGAGCAGAAGAAGUGGCCUGGGUCCAGCGAGCCUCCAAAGCUAGCGGACGGGCACCGCGCUCCACCACACUCAGUUGCUGCGCCAUACUCGCCCUUCAAGGAUGCAGUUGGCAAAAAAUCCAAGUCGCCCUCAACCGGUCCUUCUAGCAAGACCAAGAAGACGCCGUCGUGACAGACGGCGCAUCGAAUGCACUGCAGUGCACACCACACUCCGAUCAGAUAUCCUAACGACACCACUCAAAAGCAUAUGAAGCACAGGAUGCCCCACUUACGAUGAUCAUGCCUUCAUGGUCGCUCAUGAUAGACGAGACCUUACGACUAGACGAAGGCCGGGAACAAUAGACUCAAAAGCACACAAUGUAUACCUUGUACAAGCCUCUGCUAUGC